GUUUUUAGCUAGGAACAAACGAGGAGACCAAUAUUUGAUGACUGAUUAAGUAAAAGAGCUAGAAAAAACACAGUCGUCCAAGCGUUUGACCUUUUAUAGAGAUGAAAAUUUCGGCGACCAGUCGAAAAUACACAGCAUGACUGCUUACAUUGAUGAAAAUACCAAACAACCGAUCAUUUCCACAACACAUGGGCAAGUGCGCGGACAAUUGCGUGAUACCGUUUAUGGCGAUCAGUAUUAUUGCUUCGAUGGUAUACCCUACGCCAAGCCUCCGUUGGGAGAACUGCGUUUCAAGUCACCACAGUCAGUAGAUCAUUGGGAGGGUGUACGCGAUUGCACUGAAAUCGCACCUAAAUGUAUACAAUAUAAUCAUUAUACCGAUACCGUUGAGGGUUCCGAAGAUUGUUUAUAUCUGAAUAUUUAUGCCAAGAAGCUGAAGUCGGACAAACCACUGCCUGUUAUGGUUUAUAUAUACGGUGGUGGUUUCACAACUGGCAGUGCGUCUCGUCUUAACUGGGGCCCAGACUACUUCAUGAUGCGAGAUGUGAUAUUUGUAACAAUGGGAUAUCGUGUGGGAGCGCUGGGUUUCCUCAGUUUCCCAGAACCUGAACUACAGGUUUCCGGAAAUGCCGGACUCAAAGAUAUUGUGGCAGCAUUAAAAUGGCUGAAAAUAAAUUAUCACAAUUUCAAUGGCGAUGCAGAUAAUAUUACGCUCUUCGGACACAGCGCGGGUAGUGCCGCCACACAUAUACUUAUGAUGGCACCGCAAUGUGAGGGGCUAUUUCACAAAGCCAUACUCAUGUCCGGCACAGUUAUACACAUUCGCGAAAUACCCAAUUUACAACUCCGUUUCGCUAAACAUGUUGGUUAUGAAGGUUCCGAAGACAAUGAAAGCAUAUUAAAGUACCUGUAUGGACUUGAAGCGAAGAAAUUAACCAACGUAGAUUUCCUAACUAAAGAAGAAAAAGAGCGAAAUCUAUCCUAUCUAUUCUUUCCGACAAUAGAAAAUGCCAACACAGUGGAUGCAAUAAUCACUAAAGAUCCAUUCGAGGCGUUUGCUGAAACAACGGCUUGGUCCCAUAGAAUGCCGCUAAUGUUAGGUGGCACCUCUUUGGAGUCGCUCUUGAGUUAUAAGUUCUACACAACUACUCCGGAGCUCUAUGACAUACUCAAUUUGCAUCCAGAAUAUGUGCUCUCCAGCGAAAUAAUUCGAAAAUGCGAUUUGUUAACGCAAAAAGCGCUGGCAAAGAAAUUAAUCAAAUUGCAUGUAGGCAAUGAAGUCAUAGAUAAAGAGAAUGCGCUAAGCCUGAUAAAAUUAGCAUCAUAUGGCUCUUAUUACCAUCCUAUGCACCGCUAUAUGUGUGCCCGUCUUCAGCGUGCGAUAGCACCUACGUAUCUCUAUCGCUUCGACUUUGACUCGCCCGAUUUCAAUUUGUAUCGCAUUAAAAAGUGUGGUCGAAAUGUACGAGGCGUAGCACACGUCGAUGAUCUCUCCUAUAUAUUUUACAUGCCAGAAUCGUUUAAGUUGGCACGUGACUCUGCAGAGUUCCGUACCAUAGAAUAUAUGUUGGAUUUAUUUACGACAUUCGCCGGCACUUCCGACCCUAAUGUGACCUCCAUUAAGCCAACUGUUUGGGAACCGCUGUCGGCAUUUGGCGAACACAAAUGUUUGAAUAUCUCCAACGAAAUUAGUUUUGUGGAUUGGCCCGAAUCGGAAAUAUGUAAGAUUUAUGAUGUAUACUACAAAGAGGCGGGUGUGGAGCUAUUUGCACAAAAGGAUGGAGAAUGCAUUAUCACCUUACCAUUGGGCGGAAUCAAAGGGCGAGAAUCCAAAACUAUUUACGAUCAGAAAUUUUUUAGUUUCGAGGGUAUACCUUACGCGCAACCGCCAUUAGGCGAGCUGCGUUUCCGUGCGCCAGCACAGGUCGAACCAUGGAAAGGCAUUAAGGACUGUACGAAAUGCGCUAGCAAGCCUUUACAGUUAAACCCAGUCAAUGAGAGCAUAGAAGGGUCCGAAGAUUGUCUCUAUCUAAAUGUCUAUGCAAAACGCUUAAAUUCGGAAAAACCUCUGCCUGUUCUUGUAUUUAUACCCGGUGGAUCUUUUCGUGCAGGCGGCGCCAGAAGAGAAACAUUGGGACCCGACUAUUUUAUGAAUGAAGAUGUGGUGCUUGUUACCUUUAAUUAUCGGCUAUGCGCUUUAGGCUUUCUCAGUCUCGCCGAUCCCUCACUGAGUAUACCUGGUAAUGCUGGUCUCAAGGACCAAGUAUUAGCACUUAAGUGGGUUAAGCAGUUCAUAUCGCAUUUCAAUGGUGAUCCAAAGAACGUUACGGUUUUUGGUUCAAGCGCCGGUGCUGCUUCCACCCACUUGCUGAUGCUCUCUGAGCAAGCCCGUGAUCUCUUCAAACGUGCCAUUGCCAUGUCUGGUUGUGCUCUAAAUUAUUGGGUUAAUAUGCCACAAACAAAUAUGGCCUACCGUUUGGCGAAAUUCCAUGGAUAUAAUGGUGACAAUAUCGAUGCCAACGUUUUACAAUUCCUAAAUAAGCUAGACCCUGCAAAAUUGGUUGUGCACUCUUUAUUGAACAAAGACGAACAGCGUAAGUCCUACAUGUUUCCAUUCGGCCCGAUUGUUGAACCAUAUAUAGAAGAGGGUUGUAUUAUACCGGAGCGCCCAUUUAAUAUGCUAAAGAAUGCAUGGAGCAAUAAAAUAUCAAUGAUGAUCGGUGGCACCUCAUUUGAAGGUCUUUUUAUGUACAGUACACUCAAGAGAAAUCCUGAUAUUAUGAAACUUUUAUACAACGAACCGGCAUUAAUACUACCAGAAGACGUUUACAACUCAAAUACUACAAAAGAAAAUAAGCGAAUGGGCGAACAACUACUGAAAUUGCAUUUCGGCGAGAAAGAGCCGAAUGAUCACUCGCUACUUCAUUAUUUAGAUAUAUAUAGCUAUAAAAUCUUUUGGCACGACUUCCAUCGUACUAUUUUAGCACGCUUAAGCUUUGCGUUGGCCCCCACUUUUCUGUAUCGUUUUGGCUUCGACUCACCCGAUUUCAAUCCUAAUCGCAGGCGAUACUCAGAUGAAAAAGCACGCGGUGUAUCCCAUGGCGAUGACCUGUGCUAUUUAUUCCAUGCACGCGACUCACGAAAGUUGUAUCCAAACUCGGCCGAAUAUAAAACCAUAAAGCGUAUGAUAAGUAUGUGGACGACAUAUGCCACUACUGGUGAUCCCGAUUCGCAAACAACGGAUCCGAUUAUUUGGGACGCCGUAACGAAGUAUUACAAUCUGCGGGGAGUUAAUAUUGGUCAACACUUGGAAUUCAAGACAAUUCCAGAAGUAGACAAGUUGGAAGCAUGGGCGAAGUUAUAUAAGGGUCCUGAACAAUUGUGUGGCGCCCACAAGGUAGAAGAUUACAAUUGGGGCGAUCCAUUACCAACAAUCUAGUGAAAAUGCUAUACAUACAUACACAUACUGGAGAACAGGUUGACAGCUCAGGAUAGCCAGUAGUAAAUGUUUGCAUUUUUAUGGAUCUUCAUAUCUGCCUGAAAAUUCCUUAGAAUAUUAAUACUUAUUUUAUUUCUCAGUGAAAUAUUAUUUAAAAAAUGUUAAUUAAAGGUAGCGUAUAAUAAAUUAUUUACAUACCGACACAA